UCUGCCUCGGGCUGUGCACGACGUGCUGUCUUUUUUCUUUUUGUGCCAGGAUUUCCCUCGGCAGGCGCGCGAUGCAGCGGGCUGCAGCGCUGGUCCGGCGGGGCUGCUGCCCCCGGACCCCGGGCCCCUGGGGCCGGCGGAGUCAAAGCAGCGCGGCCGCUGAGGCCUCGGCGGUGCUCAAGGUGCGGCCCGAGCGCAGCAGGCGCGAGCGCAUCCUCACCCUAGAGUCCAUGAACCCGCAAGUGAAGGCGGUGGAGUACGCGGUGCGGGGCCCCAUCGUGCUCAAGGCGGGCGAGAUCGAGCUGGAGCUGCAGCGGGGUAUCAAAAAACCCUUCACUGAGGUCAUCCGAGCCAACAUUGGGGAUGCCCAGGCCAUGGGCCAGCAGCCAAUCACCUUCCUCCGACAGGUGAUGGCACUCUGCACCUACCCAAACCUGUUGGACAGUCCCAACUUUCCAGAAGAUGCUAAGAAACGAGCCCGGAGGAUCCUACAGGCUUGUGGCGGGAACAGCCUGGGGUCUUACAGUGCCAGCCAGGGUGUCAACUGCAUCCGUGAAGAUGUGGCUGCCUACAUCACCAGGCGGGAUGGCGGUGUCCCUGCAGACCCAGACAACAUCUACCUGACCACUGGAGCUAGCGAUGGCAUUACUACAACCCUGAAGAUCCUCGUCUCUGGGGGUGGCAAGUCCCGAACGGGGGUGAUGAUCCCCAUCCCACAGUACCCCCUCUACUCGGCAGUCAUCUCUGAGCUCGGCGCCGUCCAGGUAAACUACUACCUGGACGAGGAGAACUGCUGGGCCCUCAACGUGAACGAGCUCCGGCGGGCAGUUCGGGAGGCCAAAGACCACUGUGACCCCAAGGUGCUCUGCAUCAUCAACCCUGGGAACCCCACAGGCCAGGUACAAAGCAGAAAGUGCAUAGAAGAAGUGAUUCACUUUGCCUGGGAAGAGAAGCUCUUUCUCCUGGCCGAUGAGGUGUACCAGGACAACGUGUACUCUCCGGACUGCAAGUUCCACUCCUUUAAGAAGGUGCUUUAUGAGAUGGGGCCUGAAUAUUCCAACAACGUGGAGCUCGCCUCCUUCCACUCCACCUCCAAGGGCUACAUGGGCGAGUGUGGCUACAGGGGGGGAUACAUGGAAGUGAUCAACCUGCACCCCGAGAUCAAGGGCCAGCUGGUGAAACUGCUGUCCGUCCGUCUGUGCCCGCCAGUGUCUGGACAGGCCGCCAUGGACAUUGUCGUGAACCCCCCCGUGCCGGGAGAGGAGUCCUUUGAGCAGUUCAGCAGGGAGAAGGAGUCCGUCCUGGGGAACCUCGCCAAGAAAGCAAAGCUGACGGAAGACCUGUUUAACCAGGUCCCAGGGAUCCACUGCAACCCCCUGCAGGGAGCCAUGUAUGCCUUUCCUCGGAUCUUCAUCCCCACCAAGGCCGUGGAGGAGGCUCAGGCCCAUAAGAUGGCCCCAGACAUGUUCUACUGCAUGAAGCUCCUGGAGGAGACGGGUAUCUGUGUUGUGCCCGGCAGCGGCUUUGGCCAGAGGGAAGGCACCUAUCAUUUCAGGAUGACCAUCCUCCCACCAGUGGAGAAGCUGAAGACGGUGCUCCAGAAGGUCAAGGACUUCCACAUAAAGUUCCUGGAGAAGUACGCGUGAGCUCGCCGUGGGCCCGGGGAGCCAGGGGGACCUGUCCUGGGUUUGGCCUGCCGCCACCCAGCCAGGCCUCCCCCAGCGGCUCUGCCGCAGCCUCAGUUGGCCCAGGAGACGUCUUUCUUCGUGCCUUGAUGUUGGGAGCACUUGUCUUCGGAGGAAACCUUGGAGACCCUGUUUAUUGUUGCAACCAAAGUAGAGGGACUUGCUCAGCAGGUGUGGCUAAGGGUCUCAAAAUCUCUGUUUAGUGGUGAUGCUUUGGGAGCAGUCCAUUGGGGUUUCCCACAGCCAGAGUGAAGUCAUGGGGGGUGUUCCAGAUCCAGACUCCAGCAGGUGUUGGGACAUGCCUAACUUCACUACUAGAGGAUUGGAAAUCUAAAACUCAGCAAACGUGAUCUGCAAAAUAAAACCCUUAGUGGUGUGAAAAA